GCAGCCUUUAAUCUUGUGAUACUGUACAAUAAAGAAAUGUUCGCUCAUCGCACAUCAAAUGCGUGUUUAAAUAUACAUAUAACUUUUUAGAUGGCAAUUUACUUGGAUUACAACGCCACCUGCCCAAUGGAUCCCGAAGUUAUUGAAGCCAUCCAAAGGUCGUGUAUUGAGGAUUGGGGAAAUCCCAGCUCAUCUUAUCAAACCGGACGGAAGGCUAAAUCGGCCUUGGAUAAAGCUAGACAAAGCGUUGCCAAAAUGAUUGGAUCCAAUGACCCUUCCCAGAUAACUUUCGUGUCCGGAGGUACCGAGGCCAACCAUUUGGCGAUGCAUUCAUCGAUUGAACACUUUAAAAAAGCCAACCCAACAGUAAAGCCUCAUGUGAUCACUUCAAACAUUGAGCACGUGGCUACAGACCUCCCUCUGAGGAAAUGGUUGGCACAAGGGGUGAUAGAAUUAACAUUGGUGGAAGUCUGCCGAAAGAAAGGCUCUUUAAAUGUUGAGGAUGUUAUGGCUGAAAUCAAGUCCAACACUUGCCUCAUCACGAUCAUGUUGGCCAAUAAUGAAACUGGCAUCAUCCAGCCUAUCAAAGAGAUUGGAGAUAGGCUUCAGGUCAUCAAUGGGGAUCGUCAAACCCAAGGUCAAAAUCAAAUUCCAUUCCACACCGAUGCGGCUCAAGCCAUUGGCAAAAUCCCAGUUGAUGUCGAUAUCCUAAACGUAGAUUACCUAACCAUAGUGGGACACAAGUUUUAUGGUCCUAGGAUUGGUGCCUUGUAUCACCGCCAAGGUACUGGCACCAUUUAUCCUUUAUUUUUAGGAGGAGGUCAAGAACAAGGCUUAAGAGCUGGAACUGAGAAUACGCCAAUGAUCAUGGGAUUGGGGAAGGCCGCCGAUCUCGUUGUGGCUGGGUUGGACAAGGAUAUGGACCAUCUCCGACUGAGACGAGAUCAUCUGAUUGCUGUCCUUCAAAAAAGCUGUUUAACACUAUCGGACAAUUUUGCCCACGUUGAGAACCGGCUUCCCAACACACUUAGUGCUAGUUUUGGUGGAUGCAUUGGCCACGACAUCCUGACCAAAUGCCAAGGGCAGAUUGAGGCGAGUACGACGGCGGCGUGUCACUCCCAUGGGAUCGCGAGUGGAUCGCCAGUUCUUCUCAAAAGUGGACUCGACCCUGAGGCGGCAUUGGGAACGAUCCGUUUGUCUGUUGGUCGUCAUACCACUCAAGAAGAGAUUGAAAAGGCAGCCAUGGCUCUCAAAGAUGUGGUCAACAAAGACCAUCAAUGAUAUCAAUGACGCACGCAAUGUAUGCGUGUAUUAUUACUGAAUCACUCGUCGGUCUCUGGAAUGCAAAUCACUCUUUGAAGCGAGUCAUCAUCGCCAUCUUUACGAGACAAGCUCCUUGAAUAGACAUGUGAUGAGGGUGGAUCAUUUGUCUCUCCAGGGGUGAAACUCAUCAAAGCAUUAGCAUCGCCUCUGAGUCAGUCCACUACUAGUCGCUACCCUCAACGGAACUCUUACGCCGAUUUGUUCAACUCCAAGAACUCCUGACGGCAAGGAACGCGCUAUUCCCCAUUCUUCAGAGUGUAUCCACUCCAUCCAAAGAGCGGACCAGAAACUUUUGAAGGAAAUAUACACACUGAGUUAUGGCUUACAAUUUUGUUAGAGGAACCAUAAGAGUCUGUUCAUAAGUAUCCAAGAGAUGAACGAGCUGGCUUAAAUGCAUUAGAAACAUACUGGAUAUUCUAA